UUGCCAACACAUAACCUCAAAAAAAAGCUAAAACUGCAUACGACGAAUACCGAACGAGAACUCGAAUCUCGAAACCCGAUUGUUCGCGAAUUCUCGUGUGUUGUGUCUACGAUUUUGUCUAUUGACUGCGUGUACAUCGAAAAAGAACAAUAAAAAUAUUAAAAAAUAAAACGAAAUCCCUAUCCAACUUGAUUUCGUAAAUUCUCUCUCCCAGUCCACCACAGUUCCAAGUUAACUCGAUUCAAUUGUGAAUUCCCAAAGAUCGAAUAAUCCAAACGUGUUGAAGAAACAACGUGAAAAAUGGUCAAAACUAAAAAGGGCAAGAAAGAGGUAGUCUCUAGCGACGACGAGAUGGUCAACAACGAGACAACCACCAUUGACGAUCGAGUUGAUGCUGGCAGCAGCGACGACGACACAGUCACUGCUAAAAACAAGAAGAACAAGAAGAAGGAUGGCAACAAGAAGAAACCUAAUAAGCCAGCUAAGUCGGCAGCAAGUGACGACGAGGAUGUCGACGACGACGAUGAUGAUGAUAAGGUCUCUGCUAUCACCGAAUCGGUGAAGAAGCUUAAAGUUGGAAAGAAAGCCAAGUCGAAGAAUUCCAAUGCUCGUGAUUCUGAUGAUGGCGGUGCUGAGGGAUCCGAUGAUGAAAAACCAAUCAAGCAAAAGAAGAAGAACGCCAAGAAAGCUAACAAAAGUUCUGGAUUCGAUUUGCUGAUGGCCGAGGACGAUGAUGAACCAUGUAAACCAAUGUCCGAAUCCGACGACGAGCCCCCGGUGGAAGUUGAAGUGAAGCCGAAGAAGAACGAGAAAGCCGCCGGCAAGAAAGGCAAGAAGGGCAAACGAAAAGACAACGACGAAGACGAUGAAGAUUUGGAUAAGGUUCUAGCUGAGCUUCAGAUGGAGUAUGCUGGGCAAAAGCCUCCUGCAGAAGUUGUCGUCGCUUCCGCCGAUGAUAUUGCACAGCAAGAGUCCAAGAAAAAGAAUAAAAAAGGAGGCAAAGCCCAGGCUCCAGCAGCAGUAGAAGAUGUGGACAACGAAGGAGAUGAUAAUGGUGAAAGUACUGUCAAGACUGCCGCACAAAAGAAAAAGGAAAAGAAGGAACGCCAAAAGAAAGAAGCUGCUCUAGCUAAGCAAAGGGAAUUGGAAGGGAAAUCUAAGCCUUCCACUGAUCCUCAACCAGAAGAAACAAAAGAAGCUUCUGUAGAACCAGAACCAGAACAGGCGACAGCGCCGGCGGCGGCGGAGAAGGAAGAAUCCACAACCCAAGACCAACCAGAAGACAACGAAAAAUCAUCCAAGGAUGAUAAGAAAAAGAAAGGCAAAAAAGACAAGAAGGAGAAGAAGGUUGAAGAAGAGAAAAAGGACGAUAAGAAGGGCAAGAGCGGAAUGAGCAAGUCGGUGGUGGCUGCCAUGCAGGAGCGACUCAAGAAAAUCAAAGAGGAAGAAGAACGUUUGGCCAGAGAAGAAGAAGAACGAAUCCGUCUUGAAGAGGAAAGGGAGACCCAACGUUUGGAAGCGAUUCGCUUGGAACAAGAAAAGAAGGAGAAGAAAAAGCAGAAAGAGGCCGAACGAAAAGCGCGCUUAAAGGCCGAGGGUAAGUUACUCACAAAGAAGCAGAAAGAAGAUCGUGCCAGAGCUCAGGCCAUGUUGGACGCGCUGAAAGCCCAAGGAUUAGAAAUUCCCGAUCCAACUGAGAAACGUCCACGACCAGGAACUCGUUACCGUCCAUCCAAGAAGAAGGGUCCUGCCCAGAAGCAGGAAGAAGAGAAGACUGAGGAUCAGUCGCAAAAUGAAAGUUCCAAGGAUAAUACUCCUCAGCCCGAAGACGAGAAGAACUUGGAAGAGACUGUAAAAGAGUCCUGGGAUGCUAGUGCCAGUGAGGAAGAAGAAGAAGAUUCUCAAGAAAAGUCAUCAGAGGCAGCACAGCCAGGGGAGGAUGAUAAUGCUGCACAAGACAAAGAUGACGAAGAAACCGAUUCAGCCGAUGAAGACUCCUCCGAUGACUCAUCCGACGGCGACGACGAUGAUGGCAGUGAUGGAAGCGACGGUGACGAAAAGCGCUACGAUCCCAAAAUGAAACGUGAACGUGCCCUCUCCCGCAUGGAAAGGGCUCGUGAGGAAGCAAAUAAACGUCGAACUACCGAUGAUCUGCGUGCAGCUGUAGUGUGUGUCCUCGGACAUGUAGAUACCGGAAAAACCAAGAUCCUCGACAAACUGCGACGAACUCAUGUACAAGACUCUGAAGCCGGUGGAAUUACCCAACAAAUCGGAGCCACAAAUGUCCCAAUUGAUGCUAUCAAAGAACAAGCAAAGGUAGUUAAGGGUUCCAAUGACUUUGAACAUCGACUUCCAGGUCUCCUUAUCAUUGACACCCCUGGUCACGAGUCCUUCAGUAAUCUUCGCAACCGUGGUUCAUCCUUGUGUGAUAUAUCUAUUUUGGUGGUCGACAUUAUGCACGGUCUCGAACCGCAGACCAUCGAAUCCAUAUCUCUGCUCAAGAAGAAAAAGUGUCCAUUCAUUGUGGCUCUGAACAAAAUCGAUCGUCUUUACGACUGGCAAGUUAUGCCACGUAAGGAUAUUCGUGACGUCAUCAAGGGACAACAGGCCAAUACUCAAGUUGAGUUCCAGCAGCGUACCAAGGAGGUAAUUCUGCAGUUUGCUGAACAAGGUCUAAAUGCAGCCCUCUUCUAUGAUAAUCCAGAUCCCCGCACGUAUGUGUCUCUGGUGCCAACUAGUGCCAUCACUGGUGAAGGAAUGGGUAACCUUUUGUUCCUGAUCGUUGAAUUCUGUCAGAAUAUGUUGGCCAAACGUCUCAUGUACAGCGAUGAGUUACAGGCAACUGUGCUCGAAGUCAAAGCCAUCCCAGGUCUGGGAACAACCAUCGAUGCCAUUUUGAUCAACGGAAAGUUGAGGGAGGGACAAACCAUGAUUCUAGCGGGAACAGAUGGACCCAUUACAACUCAGAUCCGUUCGCUUCUCAUGCCACAGCCACUGAAAGAGUUGCGAGUUAAGAAUGCCUAUGUAGAGUACAAGGAAAUUAAGGCAGCUCAGGGUGUAAAGAUUGCAGCAAAAGAUCUGGAAAAGGCAAUUGCUGGUAUUAAUCUUUUGAUUGCCAAUAAACCAGAUGAAAUUGAAAUCUGCCGUGAGGAAGUAGCUAAGGAACUGAAGAGUGCUUUGAGUCAUAUUAAACUUAGUACACCUGGUGUAUUCGUUCAGGCAUCGACUUUGGGUUCUUUGGAAGCUCUGCUGGAAUUCUUAAGGACAUCCAAAAUUCCGUACUUUGCGAUUCGAAUUGGUCCGGUUGUUAAACGUGACGUUAUGAAGGCAUCUACUAUGUUGGAGCAUGAAGCACAAUAUGCAACUAUUCUUGCAUUCGAUGUUAAAGUUGAACGUGAUGCUCAAGAAAUGGCUGAUUCAUUGGGUGUUAAAAUCUUCCAAGCCGAUAUUAUUUAUCAUUUAUUUGAUAAAUUUAUGUCAUAUCGGGAGGAACUUAAACAAAAGAAACGUGAUGAGUUCCGAUCGAUUGCUGUCUUCCCGUGUAAACUUAAGAUACUGCCUCAAUUUAUUUUUAACAGUCGUGAUCCAAUCGUUAUGGGAGUAAUGGUUGAAAAUGGUAUUGUCAAAGAGGGUACUCCAAUUUGUGUGCCAAGCAAAGAGUUCGUUGAUAUUGGAGUAGUAACAUCGAUAGAAUGUAACCAUAAGCAAAUCGAAACAGCACGUAAAGGACAAGAAAUCUGCAUUAAAAUCGAACCGAUUCCUGGUGAAUCUCCAAAAAUGUUUGGUCGACAUUUUGAUGCAGAUGAUAUGUUGGUUAGCAAAAUUACCCGCCAAAGUAUUGAUGCAUGCAAAAACUAUUUCCGUGAUGACUUAAUUAAGGCUGAUUGGGCUCUGAUGCUUGAGUUGAAGAAAACUUUUGAAAUUUUGUAAAUAAAAUAAAAUAAAAAAAAACAACAACAACAAGAACCUAAAAUUAACUAGAAAAAUACAAUGAGAACAACAAUUUACAAGUUUAUGAAAAAAAAAAAAAUAAUUUAAUGAAAAUUUAGAAUUUUAAAGAUUUUUAUUUGUAUUUCUUUUUAAAUCAAGGCCAACUUAUUUCAUUUUUAAAGAAAGAAAAAACAAGAUGGACAAAUUAAAAAAGUUAAUAUUUUAAUGUUAAGAAGUCAACAAAUACGAGUGUAUCUAAUUAUUUUUAUUUUUAAGAUAUUUUUGUUUGAUUUUUAAACAACUUUUUAUUUAAAUUUAUAUUUUUGAAUAAAACAAAAAAAAAAUCGUUUAUAGUUUACACUAUAAUGGUUUAAUUUUUUUUAAUUCUUUUAAUUAUUAUUUUAUUUGUUUUCUUUUUGUAUUUAAUUAGGUUUUGACUCGACUAUUUCGUAUUUUAAGAAAUUAAAAU